AUGGUCAAGAAGUCGGUUGUUGCUGGAUUGGUGGUCUUGCUCGUGGUUGCCGUGGGAUUUUUCCUGGGAAUAUUUUUGGGGUUCAGGAAUAAAAGACUUACCAGUUCCUCCAAUCAUUUCUACACUAAAGCAGCCGUGGCGGCAGACGCUGGGAAGUGUUCAGAGAUUGGAAGGGAUAUUUUGAAGAGGAAUGGAUCGGCUGUCGACGCCUCUAUUGCUGCUCUGUUGUGUGUCGGGCUGUUUAAUGCACACAGUAUGGGUAUCGGAGGAGGGCUGUUCUUCACAAUAUAUAAUGCAUCAACAGGAAAAGUGGAGACGAUUGAUGCCAGAGAAACUGCUCCAAUGAAUGCUACAGAAAACAUGUUUGGUAAUAAUACCCAGCUGUCGAGGAAAGGAGGGUUGUCCAUAGCCAUACCAGGAGAAAUCCGCGGUUAUGAGAUGGCACACAAAAGACAUGGAAAACUGCCAUGGAGGGAACUGUUUCAGCCCAGUAUAGAGUUGGCACGCAAUGGUUUUCCAGUUGGUGGGGCCUUGGCCAAAGCCAUAGCAAAGAACAAGGAAUCAAUUCUGAAUGAUGUUUCAUUCUGUGAAGUUUUUUGUGACAGAAACAGAAACCUCCUGAAGGAAAAUGAUAUUAUUCGUUUUACCACCCUGGCUGACACCUAUGAGAAGAUAGCAGAAGAAGGGCCGGAUGUGUUUUACAACGGGUCAAUGGCUCAGAAUAUAGUAGAGGAUAUCCAGGCCGCAGGUGGGAUCAUAACACUGGAGGACCUCAGGGAAUAUAAGCCAGUGUUGAACGAGAGCCCGUUAAAAUUAAAGGUGGGCGAGUACACCAUCCAUGUUCCUGACGCCCCAUCCAGUGGACCUGUACUCGGACUGAUUCUCAAUAUAGUGGAUGGCUACAACUUUUCUGACAGCAGUGUUUCUACGUCAGAGAAGAAAACUUUGACGUACCAUCGUAUCGUAGAGGCGUUUCGCUUCGCAUACGCCAAGAGAAGUAAACUUGGAGACCCACGUUACCUCAACAUCACUGACCUCAUCCAAAACAUGACCUCCGACUACUUUGCAGACAACAUCAGGAGUAAGAUCUCAGAUGACACCACUCAUCAAGACAGCUACUAUGAUCCAGAAUACUUUGUACCUGAUGACCAUGGCACGGCUCAUCUGUCAGUCAUCGCGGAGGACGGGAGCGCAGUGGCGGCCACCAGCACCAUUAACCUGUAUUUUGGCUCUAAGGUGAUGUCACGCUCAACCGGCAUUAUCUUUAAUGAUGAGAUGGACGACUUCAGUUCUCCUUAUAUCACCAAUGGCUUCGGGAUUCCUCCUUCACCAAACAAUUUUAUUCAACCAGGUAAAAGACCCCUUUCCUCAAUGUGUCCCACUAUAAUAUUUGACAAACACGACAGAGUCAAAAUGGUGGUUGGGGCUUCAGGUGGGACAAAAAUCACGACAGCAACAGCACUGGUGAUUCUGAACUCGCUCUUCUUUAACUAUGAUCUGAAAAAAGCCAUCAUAGAGCCCAGAGUUCACAAUCAACUUAACCCCAACAUGACCGUGGUGGAGCAGAACUUUGAGCAGAGCAUUCUUGAUGGUUUAGCUCAGAAGAAUCACAUUACAGAACUGGAGAUGACCCCAGGAGCAGUAGUCCAGGCAGUCGUACGUCAAGGGGACAAAAUCAUUGCUGAAUGUGACCCCAGAAAAGGUGGCUAUCCUGCAGGAUACUGAACACAAUGCUUCUCGUUAUUUAUGGAUCAUUAGUCACUCAGUGAAGAGCCAGGAUCAUCCAAUGCAUAUUUAAAGGAAUCGGACUUUUUCCAUGUUUGAGUGCUAUGAUUGGGUCCACAGUGCUGCUAUCCACCUAGAAAAUGUGGAAAAAGAUCAACUCAGUAACUUAGUUUUGGUAAACCAGUUUCUGCAAGCACAUAUGUGCUCUGGGGACACCAAAGAUUUAUUUGACAUGUUUAAAAAGUCUUGUGACAUGGCCCCUUUAAGGAAAAUACACCAUUAAAGGGACAGUUUGCUAAAAAUGUAGAAUCACUUAUUCCCCCAUCCCAUUGCAAACUGUGAGGACAACAACAACACAAAAAAUAUUAUAUUUUAAAAAUAUUUUAGAUAUAAUAACGGCCACACAAAAAAAAAGAGAAUUGGGUCCAAAAUUUCUACACCAAAAAUUUUAAUUUAUGAAAUGAUACAAUCAUUUUGUAUAAUAAAUAGGACUGAAUUUUAAGUUUAAGUUUCAAUAUCACUGUUUAACUUAUGUAAAAAGUGUUGAGAUUA